GGUGCGCUUUGCAGAGCUCCGAACACGUGCGCGGGAUGACUUGAAAGUAAGAAAAUAGUGGCAGGCACGUAGUCUGCAGUAUUCAGAUGUCUUCACCUGAAAAACCUGCCUCCAUCAGGACCUCAGAUCUCUGACAGCACUGUGACACCACACAGGAGUGGAGUCAACAUAUCAAUGGAGCAAGUCACAGUCGUCGAUGCCAGCUUCUUCUUGAAAUCUACCCAGAAUGGAAUCCUGACAAUGAUACAGGACACACAAUGGGUGAUCCCUUCAUGUUGCAGCAGUCCACAAACCCAGCACCAGGAAUUCUGGGACCUCCACCUCCCUCAUUUCAUCUUGGGGGACCAGCAGUUGGACCAAGAGGAAAUCUGGGUGCUGGAAAUGGGAACCUGCAAGGACCUAGACACAUGCAGAAAGGCAGAGUGGAAACUAGCCGAGUUGUUCACAUCAUGGAUUUUCAACGAGGGAAAAACUUGAGAUACCAACUAUUACAGCUUGUGGAACCGUUUGGAGUCAUUUCAAAUCAUCUGAUUCUAAAUAAAAUUAAUGAGGCUUUUAUUGAAAUGGCAACUACAGAGGAUGCUCAGGCUGCAGUGGAUUAUUAUACAACCACGCCAGCAUUAGUAUUUGGCAAGCCAGUGAGAGUCCAUUUAUCCCAGAAGUAUAAAAGAAUAAAGAAGCCUGAGGGGAAACCAGAUCAGAAGUUUGAUCAAAAGCAAGAGCUUGGACGUGUGAUACAUCUCAGCAAUUUACCCCAUUCUGGCUAUUCUGAUAGUGCUGUUCUAAAGCUUGCCGAGCCCUAUGGAAAAAUAAAAAACUACAUAUUAAUGAGGAUGAAGAGUCAGGCCUUCAUUGAGAUGGAGACGAGAGAAGAUGCAAUGGCAAUGGUUGACCAUUGUUUGAAAAAAGCCCUUUGGUUUCAGGGGAGAUGUGUAAAGGUUGACCUUUCUGAGAAAUACAAAAAACUGGUGCUGAGGAUUCCCAACAGAGGCAUUGACUUACUGAAAAAAGAUAAAUCCCGAAAAAGGUCUUAUUCUCCAGAUGGCAAAGAAUCUCCAAGUGAUAAGAAAUCUAAAACUGAUGGUUCCCAGAAGACUGAAGGUACAAAUGAAGGUAAAGAACAAGAAGAAAAGUCAGGUGAAGAUGGUGAGAAAGAUACAACGGAUGACCAGACAGAACAGGAACCCAAUAUGCUUCUCGAAUCUGAAGAUGAGCUACUUGUGGAUGAAGAAGAAGCAGCUGCAUUGUUAGAAAGGGGCAGUUCAGUGGGAGAUGAGACUGAUCUUGCUAAUUUAGGUGAUGUGGCUUCUGAUGGGAAAAAGGAGCCUUCAGAUAAAGCUGUGAAAAAAGAUGCGAGUGCUUCAGCAGCAGCAAAGAAAAAGCUUAAAAAGGUGGACAAGAUCGAGGAACUUGAUCAAGAAAAUGAAGCAGCGUUGGAAAAUGGAAUUAAAAAUGAGGAAAAUACAGAACCAGGUGCAGAAUCUGCUGAGAAUGCUGAUGAUCCCAACAAAGAUACAAGUGAAGAUGCAGAUGGACAAAGUGAUGAAAACAAGGAGGACUAUACAAUCCCAGAUGAGUAUAGAAUUGGACCAUAUCAGCCCAAUGUUCCUGUUGGUAUAGACUAUGUGAUACCUAAAACAGGGUUUUACUGUAAGCUGUGUUCACUCUUUUAUACAAAUGAAGAAGUUGCAAAGAAUACUCAUUGCAGCAGCCUUCCUCAUUAUCAGAAAUUAAAGAAAUUUCUGAAUAAAUUGGCAGAGGAACGCAGACAAAAGAAGGAAACAUAAGAUGUCCAAGAAGAGUUAACGAUUUCAAAGAAAAUAAUGGUUCUUUGUUUUUAAUGUUAACCUUUUUUAAAUACAAUACUGAUGUUAGAAGAUGACUAUUGUACUCUUUUGUUUUAGUGGAGAAAUACUAGUCUGUUCAUGUGUUAAAUGUUAUAGCAAGAAAGUACAUACGCGGUUAAGUUAAUGAAGAAUAGUUUUUCUUUUAUCAGAAUGGCAACAGAAAUACUUGUAGAAACUGACUUCGUAAGCUAUUUAAGACAACUUGCACCACUAAGAAAAAGAUAAAGUAGAACAUUCAGAAAAAUGAAAUUUAGUAGUUCCAAGCUUCAAAGAAAUGUUAACGUUUGAUUCCAUUCAAUAAAGAACAAAACCAGUUGUAUUUUUAUUACUUUCAUCUGAAACAUUCCACAUAUUAAUCUGAGCCUUGCAGACUUUUCAGUUGGAGUUUUGAAGCUUCUUUGUUUGCAUUUCAUUUUUGGAGAAUUAAUGUGAGAUUGGCAAUUCAAAUGCAGGUGCAGUUUUCUUUUAAUGUCAUGCUGUUGUUUAGGUAUUGAGUAAUUGGCUUUAGAUUUUGUAAUUAUUUCCCUGAGUUCCUGCUAGAUUUCGUAUUCUAGUAGUUCUAUGUAUUUUCAGUGAAAUGUAAAAAUAUUCUUGUUCUCUCUGACCAGUAUUAAUUUUCUGAGAUCUUACUGCUUGUCACUUGAAUCCUGUAGCUGUCAUACAUCUCUGGUAUAAGCAACAUUUGAUUUUUGAAGUGUGUAGAUCAUCUCUUCAUACUUUCAAGAUGUAAUUUACAUUUCUGCAUUUUAAAGACAGUUUGGCCAUAAUUCUAGAUGCACGCUUCUGAUUCAUGUACCUGCACAUGUUACCUUCGUGAACAGAAAUUUGCAUGUAUAAUCUGUGUUUACUUGUGACUUUCUGGUUAUAUACUGCUUAUAUCUGUGGAUUCAAGUUACUGAAGUGAAUAUCAAUAAAAAAAACACAGGCCAUGUU